UUGACAGGCGGACUUUUACUGCAACAAUUUCAGUUUUUUUUUUUAUUCCCCUACUUGGAUACUUUUCGAUAAAAGUUAUUUUUUUAAAUGUAUGUGCUAUUUUGUAGUUAUAUUUAUUAAAUUGUUAUUUAAGAACUGACUAAUUUGUUCACUGAGGAGCAAAGACUUGAGUAGGCACUUUAUUCUUGUUUUUUUCCCAUCUAUUUAUUUGCGAAAUGAAAAACGAACAAUGUUGUAAUAUUACCAUUGCACUUACUGGCACUUGGAGAUUGUUGUCAACAUAAAUCAAAAUUUGCGUUUCAGCAAAAUGUGUGGUUGUGUAUGUAUUUGUUGUUUUGAAAAUGCAGUUGGUCGUGUUUUAUUGCGUCUAACGCGAGAAGUCAUGAGUCGUCCGUGAUGUCACGCGAGAGUUUAGCUCGGCAACCACAACAAAGAAGCCACAGGCAAAUGUAGUCCAUGGCAACCCAAGCUUAAAAAAACAAUCUAUCGAAAUUAACCAGAGGUGGUUUCUUACCCAGAAUGAAAGUUCGCUUCUGGAAUUUACACGUUAAGGCAGUGUGGUGUGUCAGUGUUGGACUGCGAGCAGCAGCAACAGCAGAGCUGGGCCGGAACCAUGAGUCUGAAUGGCGCUGGUGCCACCAGUGAUGCGUGCGGCGGGACGAGAGCUGCAAGUGAAGGUUACCGGGAGCAGCGGCGGCGCUCCAGUGACCGUUCACGUGAUUCGUCCCACGAGAGAGGAGAGAAUCAGCUCACCCCCUGUAUUCGGAACGUAACAUCGCCCACUCGGCAGCAUGACCGAGAACGUGGUGAUGGCGGCUCAUCCUCCAGAUCCUCCAGUCCACGUCCCCCACGGGUUUCUCUUCCCUGUUCAAACAUUGGAGGCGCUCUGUUUGCGGGACACAUGCCACGGUCCUUUGGUACUGCUGUUGGUGACCACCACCCCAAGACCCUCAGCCAAGGAUCAUGUGAUAUGAUCUAUGUGUAUGACCUCAGCAGUAAAGAGGUUCAUCGUGGCGGUCUGCGAGUCGGAGAGCGAGUGACUCUCAUUGUGGAUAAUACGACAUUUGUGGUGGAUCCGGCCAUCUUCACAGCUCAACCCAAUACCAUGCUUGGCAGGAUGUUUGGCUCAGGGCGAGACAACAAUUUCACGAGGCCCAAUGAAAAAGGAGAAUUUGAAGUCGCUGAUGGUAUCAGCUCCACUGUGUUUAGAGCAAUUUUGGAUUACUACAAAUCGGGGAUAAUCCGCUGCCCUGACGGCAUUUCCAUUCCUGAGCUGAGGGAGGCAUGUGACUACCUGUGUAUCUCCUUCGACUACAGCACCAUCAAAUGCCGAGACCUCAGUGCCCUGAUGCAUGAGUUGUCAAACGACGGGGCCAGGCGUCAGUUUGAGUGUUACCUGGAGGAGAUGGUGCUACCGCUGAUGGUGGCCAGCGCACAGAGCGGAGAGAGAGAGUGCCACGUUGUGGUGCUGACCGAUGAUGAUGUGGUGGACUGGGAUGAAGAGUACCCUCCGCAAAUGGGAGAGGAGUACUCUCAGAUUAUCUACAGCACCAAACUGUACCGCUUCUUCAAAUACAUUGAAAACCGAGACGUGGCCAAGUCGGUGUUGAAGGACAGGGGACUGAAGAAGAUCCGAUUGGGAAUAGAAGGCUACCCGACCUACAAAGAAAAGGUCAAGCGGCGCCCCGGGGGUCGUCCAGAGGUCAUCUACAACUACGUCCAGCGCCCUUUCAUCCGCAUGUCGUGGGAAAAGGAAGAAGGCAAAAGCCGUCACGUGGACUUCCAGUGCGUCAAGUCCAAGUCCACCACCAACUUGGCCGCCGCUGCCGCAGACAUCCCCCAGGACCAGCUAGUAGUCAUGCACCCCCCGCGUCCGCAGGUGGACGAGCUGGACGUGCCCCUGCAGCCAAAUGCACACGAGCCUUCCCAACUGCUGCCGUCGGUUCUGGGCGUGGAGGGCGUGGCUUCUCAACGAGUUCAGGACAACCAAAACCUAGUCGCUCACGUUGUGGCACCUGGCAACCCGCAACACACUCAGGCAACUUACCGCUACGAGGCCGACCCAGACCCGCCCUCGCCCUCUGCAUGACACCCGUCCGUACUACACAGCUAGUACAGGUCACCUUUUCCGCAGGAUUUGCACCAUGAGCCUUCUCAGUUUGGAGGUGGCCAACGUUUAUUUGAUAUUGUUGAUUUUUUUUAGCUUGAGUGGGGCCCUUUUACACUGUUAGUCCUCUCACUGGUAAGACCACAUAGUUUGACGUAAAAUGUCUUCUGCGAGGGUGCUCAUUGUCCUCACUGGGCAAGGCAAGGCCACUUUUUAUUCAUCUAGCAUCACAAGUUACAUCACCUCGUUGAUGCUGUUGUUCAGAUGUUAGAGCAGCACUGUGCCACAGUAAAGCACACACUGGCCUUGAUAAGAAACGGCCCUCUUCUGCCCUCUUGUGGCUAAACAUCAUAUUGCCUUGUCGCAUCUUGGCUGGGGCUUUUUCCCUCCUGGACAGCACAUACACUGGGGUCACCCACCUUUUGUUACGUUUAGACCAAAGCCAAGUGAUUUGUCAAUACAAGACUAGAUACUGAAAAGACACUUCUUUAUGUGGCUCUUUUUAGCUGGAUCAGAAAGUGUGUACUAUAUAUUAAAUGUCAUCAUGAUCUCUUCAUUAGCAGCUUGAAAGGUUGUUAGUGAUGGGAAAAUUCAUCUUUAUAUGAACCAAUUGUUGUACUUUUUGACUAAGAAAGAAAGAAAGAAAGAAAGAAAGAAAGAAAGAAAGAAAGAAAGAAAGAAAGAAAGAUUUAAGAAAUGGUGAGUGUGCUUUCAGCCUAAUGUUGAACAGAGUGCCAUCUAGAACAGUGUUUCCCAACCUUUUUUCAUUCACGGCACACCUCAUUGGAAAAAAUCUCGAGGCACACCACCAACAAAAAUCUGUUAAGUGUUACACCAGCUUCUACAUUAAAAUCUGUUAUAUAUAUUACACCAAAAGACGUAAAGUUCUAUUCCUAUAUAUGUAUGGAGAAUCGAAUAAUUGAAUAAAAAUAAAUACUAAAUAUUCUUUCAA